GUACGCAGCCACGUCAUGUAAACUGAACGGGGAAGUAUUACGUACAUCAGGCAGCAUAGUAACCAAACCAAAAUAGAAGAGGACUGAAACAGCAUUUCUGCGUUGUGAUCACAGAUUCGUUUGUUGCACUCUCUCUUUUCCAAACCCGCAUCGGCGGAGAACAAACAGAGAAUCUCCAAGGUCUUAAAUCAUAUGGCAAGAUGUCAGAUAUCGGGGACUGGUUUAAAAACAUCCCUUUCGUCACUCGUUACUGGUUUGCUGGCUCCAUUGCUGUGCCGUUAAUAGGAAAGCUUGGAUUGAUCAGUCCUAUGUAUCUUGUUUUAUGGCCGGAGGCAUUCUUUCAUAAAUUCCAGAUAUGGAGACCGAUAUCUUCAACGUUGUAUUUCCCAGUUGGCCCAGGGACAGGUUUUCUUUACCUGGUUAAUUUGUAUUUCCUCUACCAGUACUCCUCUAGGCUUGAAACAGGAGCCUUUGAUGGAAGACCAGCAGACUAUAUUUUCAUGCUUCUGUUCAACUGGAUUUGCAUUGUUAUAACAGGCUUAAUGAUGGAUAUGCAGCUGCUGAUGAUCCCUUUGAUCAUGUCUGUUCUGUACGUCUGGGCUCAGCUAAAUCGAGAAACGAUUGUAUCUUUCUGGUUUGGCACCAGAUUCAAGGCGUGUUAUCUCCCUUGGGUCAUUCUGGGAUUCAAUUAUAUCAUCGGUGGCUCUGUUGUCAAUGAGCUGAUUGGGAACUUAGUUGGCCACCUUUACUACUUUCUGAUGUUCAAAUACCCCAUGGACCUGGGUGGCAGGUCCUUCCUCUCCACCCCACAGUUCCUGUACCAGAUGUUCCCUAGUCGACGUGGUGGGGUAUCUGGAUUUGGAGUUCCUCCAAGCAGGAGACCUAUGCCCCAGGAGCAGGCAGGAGGUGCUCGUGGACGCCAUAACUGGGGUGAAGGCUUUCGCCUUGGGGACGACUGAAGCCUUUCCCAAAUGCACCCAUGGAUACAUACUGACACUUCUAACAUCAAUGCUGCAGAAAAUGGAUUUGAUAUGUUUUGGGGUUAAUUUCUUUGUUGCUUUUCUUCAGACCCACAAUGAAAAGAGAAAUGUGACCAAGGUCUGUCCUAGCAUUACUUUUUUUCAUUUUAAAUCGGAGUUUCACAGUGUGUACUUCUUGAAAGGCUCUGUUAAAAUGCCUGCUGUAGCAUAGAUUAAUGGUAAGAAAUUCAGGGGACUUCCCAGAAUAUGACAACAUUCAGUGUAUGCAGGCUACAUAUUAUUUGCUCAGUCAAAAGCUUAGAUGUUUAAUUUCUCCAUGGACUAUCCAGUGUAGAAUGUUUAUUAGCUUAUCUGUUUCAGAAAGGUCAUGUGUCUAAAAUAUUGAUUACGAGUUUUUAUAAAUCAACUCAUUUGAUUCUAAAAUGCAUUAGGUUCAGUUUGUUGUAAACUUUGUUAAAAUUUGUAAAUUACCAAUUAGAACUUGCAGAUGAAAGUGCUGUGCAAAUUUCAAUCUGUUUGUUUUAUACAUGUGUUUAGAUACAAGCCUUGUGUAAAGGGUAUCAAUCCAUUUAAUUACAGAAAAAACUGCCAUGCACUAUUCACACAUUAUUGAUUAAACUUAAGUUAACAAUUACCUUGUGAUAUAUACUGUAUAUAAAAUCUCACAUGCACACAAAAUCUGGAUUUUUUUCUGCAAUCAAAGUUAAUUAACAUUAGCUUGUUUGUACACUGGUAGUUGUAGCUAUAGGUUAUAUGGCACAUAUGUCCCUGAACAUUGUGAUAAAAGUGCUUAUAGAAAAUGUAUUACAAUACAGAUAACGUGCACAUGCUAUAAGAUAUUGUAUACAGUUGCAUCAAAGUUUUCUUCAUCUUGCCAAACUCCUUUUCAAAUUACUAUGUUCCAAAAUCACAAAACUUUACUAAAUGGUCUGUUUUUAUUUCUAGUUCUUUAUUGAUGUUUUGAGUUACAAUUACUAACAGCAAUUACCAAUGCUACUGAUAGUUGUAAAGAGCAAUUUUGCUUGCUAAUUCUGAAAGUUUAUUGAUUACAGUGUCUUGAGGGACACACACGUACAGGAUACAGGCGCAUUUAAUCUUGCAGUACCCUAAAUUUAGUUGUAUCUCUUUAUGGAGCUCCUUAAGAGAACAUGCUCUGUUUACAAUGGCAAUGUUGCUGUUUUUUGUAAACAGUGGGGCUCAAAAUAACAUUUCAAUCAGUUGUGUUUUAUUGAAUUACAGCAGACUGGUUCUUAUAAAGAGCAAGCAGGAUUCGUGAUGCAUGUCUGAAAAUGACACUAAAACAGCUGCAAGAAUAAAAAUAAGCUGAAGUGAGCCGAAAGCAGUUCACAGCAGAGUAAUGGAAAUGGGGAAACUAUGCCUUGGAUACCUGGAGAAGCCAACAUGAUUUUGCAGUUACCAUAAUAUUGCCAAAAAUGUGUCUACAAGUACAAAUAAACAUGCUGUGCAUCA